AUGGACGAACUUUUAGGACGCUCCGUACUCGAGGACGCCAAUGAUCUCGAUGCCACCGACCAUACAAUAGACCCAUCUCCUGAUGUCGUUUGUGCGCCAUGCAUUGUCUCAUCAGCAUCCAAAAAUAAUGGCACAGUGGCAACCUCUAGCCAACCACGUGUCCCAGACAACUUGACUACUAGCCUGAGUUCAAGGCCGCCUCAAAAAAAAUUGAAGCACAAGUCUGCAGCUCGCCGUCGCUCAAACACUGAUUUGAGCACUUUCGUGAAACGGACAACCGUUAGCGGUCGUGCUACUCGGGCUUCGUUCGUCUCGGUGCCCAAUACAUCUCUUCGGUCUGCAACCAGUUUAUCGCCUCGGAUGUCAUCACGGUUGGCAAAGAAGAUCCAUCCUUUUAUUCUUACAAAAAGUCGAGACAUCUAUCCGUACUUAGCUUCCAAGGAUUCCUUGGACUCGACCGAGUCAUUGCGAGAGGAGCACGGUGGCACACGGAGCUCAACACCUUCAGCAUCUACUCUCAAGAAAAAGAUGGGCUCUCCGCGUAACAUCAAUCUUGCCGAUGAUGGUGCAAAGGCUGCGCUCAUGGAAGAGUGGGCAAAUCAUCGCAUGUCUCAAGGAACACUGCUAUCAAGUAUGAAUGCAAGUAAGGAUACAACGACGCACCUCUCUAGUAAUCGUGGAAGUCAGGAACCCUGCAACGAAGCGCAGAUCCCGUCCGGUGAAGUGGCUGAACCCAACAAUCCACACUCCACUCCAACCAAUGACCACAUAGAACAUCCUUCCUGCUCCCUAUCUAACCAAGUGGUUGAGCCACUUCCAGACUCGGAUGCCCCUGCUACAAAUGAGUUACUAUUCACUCCCCCGCUCCCGCUGGGUGAGGAAUUUACUCCACAUAAUAGUUUGUCAGAUUGUGACUUAAGGUAUCCGAGCUCGUCACCGGAGAAUGUUCAUGCAGCGAUUGAGGAUAUGACUCCACCGCAGUAUGUUAAUGAGGGGACAACGGAAACAAUAGCCCAGGCUUCACAUACCCCUGUCAUCGAUUCUCUAGAGGUUGUGGACCAGCCCCUCCAACUACUUGCUACCGACAGUAAAACAGUGACGUUGCAUCCCCCAAGUAGUCCUAUACUCUCAAAGCUUGAUAUCCUCCCCGAGACCACGAUUUCGGCUGGACCUGCUGCCAUUGUCAAACCUGCAGAAUCUUCGGGUAGAGCUUCUCCUCCCGUCGAUAUUCAACUCGUUGUCUCACCUCAAGCCGAUAUCGAUGAUAUUGUUUUGGGUUUUCACAUGCUGGACCUGCAUGAAGUGCUUUCGCCAUGGGUGCCAAUGUCUCCCGCAGCACCAUCUGUUUAUGUCCCACCUGCUGUGCAGCACUUAAUCGCUGCCAUGAACCGUCAACUAGAAAUCGAAUGUCAGGCCCGAAAACGAGCUGAAGAGCUUUAUCUAAAUGAAAUGCGCAAGCGCAUCAAGAUGGAAGAAGUGGUUGAUAGGUUACAGAGGGAACGGGGACAGACACAGGAGCAAGGUGCAUCUCCAUCUCAACAACCUCCCUUAUUGCAUGCUUCACCGCGUGCGGCUUCGGCGCACGCAAGCCCAGAAGAAGCUGGGCAGUGGGAUGGUGGAGCCAAACCAACAUCCACUGAUACCACUUAUCCGGAUGUUACGACGGAAGAUUCUUGUGCCUGA